AAGAACGGAACAGGCAAGCUACAAGAUUAGAACAGCAGCUCUUAGACCCUCAGGGUCAUGGGUUAUCAAGAAGGCCAUUGGUCAUCAGCCAGCGCGUACCCACUGUUUGGUCGCUGGAGGUCCAGGACCAAACUUAUUCCUAGUCCUCUUAUCUUGAUGUCCAAUUAUCCCAACUCGUUUCAGCUAGAGAUCACCCGAGUUUCAAAUCAUCCUCCUGUUUCCAACUCAUCCGCCUACUUCCAAAUCAGUCUACUUACAAGCCAAUCUCCUACUUUCAAAUCAUUUGUCUACUUACAAACCAUUUUCCUGCGUUUUAUUCGGCUUCCUGCCAGCUCCAGAGUCGAUUCUUGACCCCAAAACUUCUCCGUGACCCCAAAUCAAAUCCGUGGCUCCAAAUCAAGUUCCUAACCCAAUUUGAGGUUCCAAGACCAUGUUGCAUAGUCUACGCUCCAGGUCAACUGAGUGGUACUCCUGACAUGGCUGCUGCUGCAGGCCGCUUUGCACCUCCUGCUGCUGCUGCUGCAGUUGCUGUUUCAUUUUUGGAGCUCCUCAAAAAUCGUCCCAAGCGUCAGACUCUCCAGGUUAACUGACUGGUUCUGCUGCUGCUCUGCAUCUCCUACUGCUGCUGCUGCUGCAACUGCUGAUUCAUCCCAAGCGUCAGAGUCUUAGCUCGAGGUCAACUGAGGGGUUCUUCUGACCUGACUGCUGCUGCUGCUGCCCGCUCUGCAUCUCCUGCUGCUGGUGCAAUUGUUGUUUCGUUUCCUGCUGCUGCUGCUGCUGCUGCUGCUGCUGUGCGUGCUGCACUACCUGCUGCUGCUGUCUUUGCAUCUCCUCCUGUUGCUGUUGCUGCUGCAUCUUACGCUGUCGUUCCUGCACAUCGCUCUGCAGCGCCUCUGCCAUCUGCUGCUGCUGCUGCUCCUCUGCCAUCUGCUGCUGCGCCCCCUGCUGCUCCCUCUGCUGCUGCCUUUGCUGCCAACGGUCCACAAGUGAUUCCCCAUCCCUCCCACCACGGAACAGGUGCCUUCGAGCACUGCCUCCCAACGCAGCCACGGCCGUCCUCCCCUGCUCCUCCUCACCCCAACUCUCUCUCCCCCUCCCUCCCCCCCUCCCACCCCCUGUCUCAACUUCGACCUCUGCCACGUGUACCUCGCCUCCCAUCAAUACCCCUUCCCUCCUCCCUCUAAGGGCUGCCAAUUCUGCUGCGUCUCCCACCGACUCAUCUCUCCUCCCCCACAGCGCAAGGGCCCGGGACCUCUGAGGCUCGUCCUGGCCCUCCCUGUCCGCCCCCCCCGUGCUCAACUCCACCCUUAUCCGCUUUAAAAGCUGACUCACGUCAGGAGCAGUGCCCCCUCUGGAGCCACGUGUAUUUGUAGCAGCAGCAGCAGCAGCAGCAGCAGCUACCCCUGCUGAAGCCCCACAUUGUGACACUACAGGGUGACUCUGCCUUUUGCCCGGUCCCUGGCCUGGGCUUUCACUGAAGGCGUGGUGGCAACCAGAGGUGUGACCGUGCGGAGGGGUGUGCUCAUAAGGAGAGCUCCGGUCCGUGGUGUGAGUGGCGCCGUGAGCUUGCAGCCAGAGGGAAGAGAAGGAGGGCAGCUGAGGGGCGGAAGCGGAGGUCAGGGCGGGAGAAUGGUGGGGAGCAGCAGAAGCAGAAAGCUGGGGGCCAGCAGAAGGGGAGUGGCGGGGAGCAGUGGAAGCGGAAUGGACGCGUGAGAGGGUUCUACUGGGAUGGCCAGGACGGUGGGAUGGGUGGGGCUCAUCGUGGGGUUUAUUGGAGGGAGACGGGAGCAGCAGGUUUGGAAGGGAGAGGGGGGCUGAGGGGGUCUGUGGUAUGGGGAGAGGGGACGGGCGGAGGGAGAGCGAGAGGAGGGAGGGUGCUGUUGGCUUGCCAGGUGCUCCCUCCUCUGUUUCGUCUCUUGGUUCCGUCUUUCCGGGCACUGCUCCCCACUUUGCUUCUGCUACUCCUGCAGCCGCCAAAACGUCAGCGGCUACAGCCGUGCUGACGUCAGCAGCUACAGAUGGAGGGGAGGGGUUGGAGCAGGAGGAGGGGCUGAGGACGUCAGCAGGGAGGGAGGAGGUGGUGCUGGACUGCACACUCAAUGGCCGAUUCAGUGGCUGAUGUAGCGAGUGCACCAGGGGUUGAUUCACGUGUUGAACCAACUGUUGAACAAGGGGUUGAACUAAGGGUUGCACGAGGGGAAUUGGUUGACCCAGCAUAGGGUGACAGGACGACCCUACUGACAGCGGGAGUGGGAUAGUGCCCGGUUGCUGUGUUGCUGCUUGCUGUGGCUGGAGCUGCAGCGUUGAUUGGCUGUCUGGCUGCUGCUGCUGCUGCUGCUGCUGCUGCGGUUGUUGGGAGUGGGGAGAUGGGAAGGCUGGUUGCUGACGCGGCAUGAGUGCGGCUGACUGUGUUACAGGGAAUGCUGAUGCAGGGAAGGGGCCUGUUGACAUCAGAAAGGGGUUGGAGCUGUUCUGACUCAACACAUGAAUCGAGGGUGCUUGAAACGAGCCUGCUUGAAAGGGGGUUGUUUGAAACGAGGGUGCUUGAAGCGAGGACAGCUGGAAGUGUGGUGGUGGCUGCAUCAGCGGCUGUAGCAGAGGCCGCAGCGGGGAACAUGGUUUUGGCUGUAUCUGAGACUGCUGCAGCUGAGACUGCUGUAGCUGAGACUGCUGUAGCUGAGCCUGCUGCAGCUGAGCCUGCUGUAGGUGAGUUUGCUGUAGCUGCAUUUGAGCUGCCUGUAACUGCGCUGCUUGUAGCUGAGAGUGCUGCAUUUGAGCUGCUUGCAGCAUGGCCAGGGAGCCAAACGGGGCAACAGAGGAGCCAAACGGAGCGGCAGAUGCGCCGAACGCCCCUCCUGAUGCGCCAAACGCCCCUACCGAUGCGCCCAUCUGCGAGAUCACUUGGCUGCUCAUGAUGGAUGGUAAGCCUCUUAACGAGGCAUCCAAUAAGGGGUUUCCAGACCGACUGAGCGAAGUAAUGCGGGGUGAGAAGACAGGGGCGGCAGAGGCUGCAGUCACUGCAGAGGCCGCAACCUCCUCGCCUCUCCUCCCGUCUCCCGCCACCGCUGCAGCAGCUGCAGCUAUCUGGGCAGAUGGGGAUUCACUGGCGUGAAGGGCCAGCGUUGCAGACACCAUGUUUGGUGCAACAGCCGAACCUGCUGAUGGGCCUAGAAUAGGUCCUCGCAUUGGCCCCAUUGAGCCCACCCUAGAGGCUAUGGGUGAACCAGCGCUGAUAUGUGACCUGGCCCCUUCUCCCACCCGCACUGGGCUUGCCAACACGGCUUGCAGGGCUGCUGCUUCUGCUGUCACCCGUCGUCCGGCUGCGUGCAAGGCUGCUCCUCCUGCCGCUGCCGCUGCUGAUGAGUCUCUUCCUGCUGCUGCUGCUUCGCCUCCUGCUGCUGCUCCUUGUGGUUCGGAGAGCGAGCGAGAGAACGAGGCAGAGAGGGAGCGAGGGAGGGAGGCGGAAGCGCGCAAGGCUUGAGUGAAGGCUUCAGAGGCACUGGCACCGGGCCUGGCGUGGUUGUGCGUCCCAUGGUACACCACCUUGGCGCCGCCGCCACCGCUGCUGCUGUUUCCAACACCACCGCCUGCGUUAGUGGUGGUAUCAGCAGCAGCAGCAGAGGCAGCGUUGGCAGCAUUGGCAGGAGCACAAGGCUUUCUUGGAGUGCCAGAGCUGCUGCUUCUCGUGACAGUGGCAGCGCCGCUUGUAGCUGUGCAGCUAACAGCCUUGGCUGUAGCAUCCCUUGCCAUAGUGCCAGGGCUGCCGCCCGGGGAGGAUGGGUCGGAUGCAGUCGCUUGCGCGGGUGCCGCAGCUGCAGCAGCAGCAGCGGCUGUAGCUGUAGCAACAGCGGCUGUAGCAGGGUCAGGGACGAGUGGCGAGUCGAUGGUUUUCUUGGCCUGGCAGCCCAUGCUGUGUCGGGCGCACCGGAAAUACGCCCUUGGGGAAAGGAAAUGGGGAGGAAGCGGGAAGGAAAAGCGCUGAGUUUCCGCUGCUCCGGUCCGGACACGAACCCUGGUUCGUGCGCUGCAAUGAUGGCAGCUCUGGCCCCUUCCUGCGCUGCAGUGAUAGCACCUCUGGCCCCUUCCUGCACUGCAAUACCGCCGGUUUCGUCGUGCGCUGCAGCACCCGCGCCCUCGUCAACCGUGGAGGCUCCUCGGGGAACGGCGGGUUCAAAUUGCGGCCCCCGGCGUACAUAUGGAACCGGCCGCGGCGGCGACCCCCUGCUGGUGGCGGAGGGGGCGGCGCCGUUUGCGCCGAUGGGCGGGGCUGCGGCGGCUUGCAGGUGGGUCAGCUGCGUGAGGAACAGGCGUGGAUCGGCGGGAAAAUGGGGCGGGGAGCCGCGGGGAUGGGCGGACGGGCGCGAAAUCUGGGGGGAAAAGGACAGAUGCGGCCCCGGGCGAGUCGCUGCAGCGGCAGCGGAAGCGGCGGGAGCGGCGGAAGCGGUGGCAGCUGUCGCGAAGGCGCUAUCGGUUGGCGGAGCUCGUUGAAAGGGCACCAUGGGUAGCGUAGGGGGUGGCGCGCGGAAAGGCGAGGAAAACAGAGGCAUUGGCGCAGAGGUGGCCUCCGAAAACAAUGGCACUGUGGUCUGCUGCUGCCUCCCCUGAUCUAGAAGCGCCGCCGCGCCGCUGCCUCCCCCGCACUGUUGCGCCGAACGACCUUCCGCCGCCGCCGAAGGCGAAUCGCCCGCGGCAAUGCUGCGCACUGCGGCCGCCGCCGCCGCCGCCGCUGCCGCCUCCCACGUGCGGUGGGACGUCGCGCGGAGAGAGUCCAUGGCGGAAGCGAAGGGCGCAAGCGGCAAUGUGGCGGAAAGCGGGCCGCCCCCCGCCGCCGCUGUUGCAGGCGGGGCGACAGCUCCCCCGCCCUCAGCUGUAGUAGGAGCGGCGGGUGCGAGUACCAUCCAGCGAGGAAUGGCCUGCUCGACAGGUGAGGGAUGUCCUUGUCUGUAAGGAGAGCCACUUAUUAGUAGCGCCGCGUUCGUUGCGGCGAGUGCAGCAGGUUGCGGUGACGCUGCGGCCGCUCCGAGCGUGGCGGCGGCGUCAGGGGGGAUUGAUUGCUCUGGCGGCGUCGCGGGGGGGAAUGAGACUCCACGGCGGGCUGGAGAUUCGCGCAGACCGAGCGGCGAUGCCGCCGCUUCCGGCGGAGCUGGUGGGCGGCGCGCAUCGCUCAUUUGCGCGGCCGAAUGCGAGUAUUAACGGUGCGACGCGACGUGUUAUCAUGCGGCGUAAAAAACGGGGGAAGGAAUGAAUGCCGACGCCGAGACGCUAGAUCUUACUACUGCAAAGGCCAUGAUGAUGAUGUUGCUUCCGACCUCCUAUUUCUUGGAUCUUCAUGCAUUUAGGCGUAAAAAAUCGAUGUGGUGCUGGGAAUGUGGUUUCUGAGAAGGACAGACGAAUGGCGCGGACAUGCACCGACACCAACUGGAGUGGCUAUAAUUGCUUUUAUCAUU